AUGGACGGCGCCGGAGAAUCACGAUUCAACGGCGGAAGCAGCGGAAAUGGUGGUGGCGGCGACGGUUCCGUCGGAGUUCAGAUCCGACAAAUCCGGAUCCUACCGGAUUUUCUCCAGAGCGUGAAUCUCAAGUACGUGAAAUUAGGUUACCAUUACCUAAUCUCGAACCUCCUCACUCUCUGUCUACUCCCUCUCGCCGUCGUCAUCUCCGUCCAAGCAUCCCAGACGAACCCAGACGAUCUCCGCCAGCUCUGGAUCCACCUCCAGUACAAUCUGGUCAGCAUAAUCAUCUGCUCCGCGAUUCUAAUCUCCGGUUUAACCGUCUACGUCAUGACCCGACCCAGACCCGUUUACCUGGUCGAUUACUCCUGUUACCUCCCUCCCGAUCACCUCAAAGCUCCUUUCACUCGGUUCAUGGACCACUCCAGACUCACCGGAGACUUCGACGACUCUGCUCUCGAGUUCCAGCGCAAGAUCCUCGAGCGCUCCGGUUUAGGUGAAGACACUUACCUCCCCGAAGCGAUGCAUCACGUCCCGCCGAGAAUCUCAAUGGCCGCUGCGAGAGAAGAAGCAGAGCAAGUCAUGUUCGGUGCUUUAGAUAACCUCUUCGCUAACACCAACGUGAAUCCGAAGGACAUUGGGAUCUUAGUUGUGAACUGUAGUCUCUUUAACCCAACACCGUCCUUAUCGGCGAUGAUUGUGAACAAGUAUAAGCUCAGAGGUAACAUCAGAAGCUACAACCUCGGCGGGAUGGGCUGCAGCGCGGGGGUCAUCGCGGUGGAUCUCGCGAAAGACAUGUUGCUUGUGCAUAGGAACACUUACGCGGUGGUUGUGUCGACGGAGAACAUUACUCAGAACUGGUACUUCGGUAACAAGAAGUCGAUGCUGAUACCGAACUGCUUGUUCCGUGUCGGUUGCUCUGCGGUUUUGCUGUCGAACAAGUCGAGGGACAAGAGACGGGCCAAGUACAGGCUUGUCCAUGUGGUGAGGACGCACCGUGGAGCUGACGAUAAAGCGUUCCGUUGCGUUUAUCAAGAACAGGACGUUACGGGGAGGACAGGUGUCUCUUUGUCGAAAGAUCUGAUGGCGAUUGCGGGAGAGACUCUCAAGACGAAUAUCACUACGUUGGGUCCUCUUGUGUUACCGAUAAGCGAGCAGAUUCUCUUCUUUGUGACUCUUGUUGUGAAGAAGCUGUUUAACGGGAAGGUGAAGCCGUAUAUUCCGGAUUUUAAACUUGCGUUUGAGCAUUUUUGUAUCCAUGCUGGUGGGAGAGCUGUGAUCGAUGAGUUGGAGAGGAAUCUGCAGCUUUCUUCUGUUCAUGUGGAGGCUUCGAGGAUGACUCUUCAUAGGUUUGGGAACACGUCUUCGAGCUCGAUUUGGUAUGAGCUGGGUUACAUUGAGGCCAAAGGGAGGAUGAGGAAGGGUAACCGCGUUUGGCAGAUUGCGUUUGGGAGUGGGUUUAAAUGCAAUAGUGCGAUUUGGGAAGCGUUGAGGAAUGUCAAGGCUUCCAAGAACAGUCCUUGGGAAGAUUGUAUUGAGAAAUAUCCGGUGACGUUGAGUUAUUAG